CUUAUGUGAAUCCUAUGUACUUUGAAAUAUAGAAAUAGCUAGGGCACCUUUUCUUUUGCUCCAUACUCUCUUUGAAUGAAACCAUCAAACUAGACAGAGAUAACCAGAGUUGCUUAGCAUUAUGGGUCUUCUCAUUGUUCUCAAGAAGAUUAGUCUCCUCUUCCUUCUCAUCUCUGCAUCUCUUCUUUCAACUUCAUUUGCAGGUAGGCAAUGGACAUCCAUGGAUAAUCCUGCGGUUGAAACUACUAAUAAGGAAACAACAAGGAAGUCAUUGAACAGAGAUGAUGAAGCAAUAUUAACUGAAGUUCAUGAGAGGCUUCUUGGAGUGAAUGCAAAAGACUAUGGAACUUACAAUCCUUCUCCAACCUUUGUGAAGCCUCCUUUCAAACUCAUUCCCAAUUGAAGAUGGAAUCCUUGAAGCUGCUGCUCCCCUGCUGCAUAAUAGUACUGUCUAGUUAGUAGAUU